UAUGAUUUGUUUACUUACUGGUUGUUUGAUAGAAUAAAAAAGUUGAAAAAUUAUAGUUGUUUGGAAUUAGGAGCAAAUAGAAAGUGCUUACAGAAAUAAAAAACACAUUUUAUUUUUUUCCGAUUAUUUUCUUAUUUCUCAAGUAUAUUUAAUUGUGAAAUGGGCGUUACAGUACUUCAUCCAUAUGCCAUACCAGAAGGGAAAACCGGAUCGCAAGCAAUGGAACAAUUGACAAAACGUUUGGCCGCUUUGGGAGCAAUCCAUAGUGGACAAUUUAUUGUUGAUUGCGAAACGUAUAUACUUCCACAAUCGUUAAAAUCAGUUAACGUGUUGCACAAUUCAGAAUAUCCAGCAUCAACAUUUUCCAUUUUAGACAAUGGGACUAAACAAAUUCCUUUAGUAGCUGAUCAUUUAUUCGAUUUACUAUGGAUGAAAAUUACCUCUUCGCAUUUUUCCAAAAAACAAACAAUUGUUGAAUCAAAAGGGAGUAGAUUUGUAUACGGUGACUUUUUAAUUAAAUUAGGAAACGUAACAAUGAUGGAAAAUUUCAAAGGAAUUUUGAUUGAAGUUGAAUAUCGUCCUUGUUUGGUACCAUGUAAUUGUUGGGAAAUUAUACGAGAACUGCUACAAGGAUUCCUUGGUCAAAAUAUACCAGCAAAUAUUCCUUCUUAUUUUACACAACCUGUUGGAGGAAACAUGAAUCUAAUGAAUGUUCAUCCUGGGCAAAACGUGAUGCAAAAACAAAAUGAAAUAUAUCAACCCAUAGACACAAUUUGUCAGUAUUUAGAACACUUUAAUAACUUCAGAAAACAAACAUCUAUGAGUAAUAUGCAUAUGGGACAAAAUACACUUCGAAUGUAA